UAUGUAAUGUUCCACAUUGAAAUGAAUUGAUUCAAGUGGAGUGACUUCCAUGGAUGAUUUCUUGAAGGAUUUCUUCCCAAAAGUGUACAAAAGGAAGCAAGAACAUCUCAAGGAGACAAAUUAUUGUAAAUAUGACAACCAGAUUCUGACACUCUUUACAUCCUCUCUCUACUUCGCUGGCCUUAUUUCAACCUUUGGAGCCUCAUGGAUGACCAGAGCUAAAGGGAGGACAGUAAGCAUCCUCUUCGGCUCGGUGAGCUUCUUCAUUGGUGCGGUCUUGAAUGCAUUUGCUGUCCAUAUUUCAAUGCUCAUAAUAGGCCGAAUUAUGCUUGGUGUAGGCAUUGGAUUUGGCAACCAGGCAGUUCCUCUUUACCUUUCAGAAACGGCACCUCCAAGUAUCCGUGGAGCAGUUAACCAACUAUUUCAAUUAACUACCUGCCUAGGAAUUUUUGUAGCAAAUGUCAUAAACUACUUCACUGACAAACUCCAUCCAUGGGGGUGGAGACUCUCUCUUGGUCUAGCUACUGUCCCAGCAAUUCUAAUGUUCAUUGGGGGCAUUUUCCUUCCCGAGACUCCAAACAGCCUUGUAGAACAAGGGCGAUUAGAUGAAGGAAGAAGAAAUUUAGAAAGAAUUAGAGGCACCUCUAAUGUAGAUGCAGAGUUCGAGGAUCUUAAAGAUGCAAGUGAAGCAGCACGGGCCAUAGAACACCCCUUCAGAAACCUUCUCCAGAGAAAGAACCGCCCACAACUGGUGAUAGGAGCCUUUGGCAUCCCAGCCUUCCAGCAGCUUACCGGCAUGAAUUCAAUACUCUUCUAUGCUCCUGUGAUCUUCCAGAGCUUGGGUAUGGGGUCAGGCACAGCUUUGUAUUCAUCCAUGAUAACCAGUGGAGCGCUUGUUAUUGCAACCUUUGUCUCAAUGCACCAGGUUGAUAGGCGUGGCAGGAGGUUUCUCUUCUUGGAAGCUGGUGUCCAAAUGAUGGUCUCCAUGCUGGUCGCGGCAAUUAUUCUAGCACUGAAGUUUGGACAUGGAGAAGCCCUCCCAAAAAUAGAUGCCAUCAUCGUUGUGAUCAUGGUUUGUUUGUUUGUAUUGGCUUAUGGGUGGUCAUGGGGUCCUCUCGGGUGGCUAGUUCCAAGCGAGCUUUUCUCGCUGGAGACAAGAUCAGCUGGACAGAGUAUGGUUGUCUGUGUUAACCUCUUCUUCACUGCUUUGGUUGCCCAGUGUUUCCUUGUAGCUCUCUGCCACCUCCGAUAUGGUAUAUUCUUGCUGUUCGUGUGCUUGAUUUUCAUCAUGAGCUGCUUCGUUUACUUGCUUCUGCCAGAAACGAAGCAAGUUCCGAUAGAAGAGGUAAGUUUACUGUUCCAGAACCAUGUUCUGGAAGAACAUUAUUGGUAGACCCAGUGAUGAGAAUUCAGUAUAAUAGCUGCUUAAAAGAUCCACACAAAAAAAAAAUUGUAAAAAGAGAAAAGGUCCGUUAGAUUAGUAUUUAUUAAUGCUUUUUUAAUUCAAUGGGUAGAUUAGAAUUAAUAUGACAAAUUAUUUCUCAGAUGGAUGCUUAGUUAUCUUUUAGUUUUAAUGCAAGUAUCAAUCUGUGAAUUUCCAAAACAAGACUACUGCACUUCAAUUGAAUUGAAUGUUUUAAGAAGGGGCUCAAACCCAAACCCAAACCCAAGCUUCUCAUUUUGAAAUGUGAGGCGCCAGUGAUCCUCAAGGAGUUUAAGGCAGGGGUUUCUGCAGCAAAUCGGCAAUGGAACAGGGAAAGCGUUUACUAUUUGCAGCUAGAUAAGCAUCUUAUGCGCAUAAAAUAAAUCAACAAAUUUAACAUAUUUGAGUGUGGCCUCUGGUCAACAUGCUGAAUGUGUUCUUACUGACAAUAUUCUUUCAUGAAACCAAAAAAUAUAAAAUAAAACCAUCAUCUAAAUAGACAGGCAGACAGCUACAACUAAAUAACAAGCCCAU